UUGUCCCCCAAAAUUUCCUUGCUUCCCAUGCCUUGUUUUAAUAUUGUUGGCCAUAGAUAUUAGGUGAAUGUUUCUUGAAUUUUUUUAUCAACAAUCUUGUUCUAUAGUUUGUUUAAUCUACUGAUUCAGCUUGGAUUAUGUCUACAUUAAGCAAGAAUCCCAGCAACAUGGGUUAUCCUUUCUUCCAUGAAUUCAAGAAACAAGCUUCCUUCUUCCUCAAGGAGAAGAUCAAAACAGCUCGUUUAGCUUUAACCGAUGUUACCCCUGCGCAGCUGUUGACCGAGGAAGCUACAAAUGGGAAUACGUGGGCACCAAACACCCAAACCCUGGGUUCCAUUUCAAGGGCUGCUUUUGAAUUAGAUGAUUACCGGAGAAUUGUUGAAAUUUUGCAUCAAAAAUUGGGCAAUUUUGAAAGAAAGACAUGGAGAACCUCUUACAAUUCUCUGAUAGUUCUUGAACAUUUGUUGACACAUGGACCGGAGAGUACGGCGGAGGAAUUCCAGGCUGAUCAAGAUUCUAUUUUAAAGAUGCAAAGCUUUCAAUACAUAGACGAGAAAGGAUUCAAUUGGGGAUUAGCUGUUAGGAAGAAAUCGGAGAGAGUGUUGAAGCUGCUGGAGAAAGGGCCUGUUUUGAAAGAAGAGAGGAACCGAGCUCGGAAGCUAACACGAGGGAUCAAAGGCUUUGGUAGUUUCUCGCAGAGGUCAUCUUCUUCUUCAACGCAAGGCAUUCUACAAGAAUCAUCAUCGCAUUUAACAUAUGGAAGAAGCAAUUCCGAUUUCAUCGACCAUGAGAAUCAAGAAAACCAGCUGCCAGUCACGGACAAGGUUGAUAAAACAGAGUGGUGGAACAACGAGACUGCACCACACGAAGCCGAAACCAGUAGUUUCAAAGAAAACAUGGGUCCAUUGAAGGAAGAAGUUCAUAACUGGACUGAAUCCGGGGAGUGUAAUCCACUUCUGGGGAGUGGAAGUGAUGAACCGAGGCCAGGAGUUUCGAUCGAAGAUGAUCAUCCUUUCAGCAGCAAUGAGAAUGGAGCUUCUUGUUCGAUGCUUCUUUCCAGAGAUGGCAUUCUUCAAGGGUGUUGACAGAUUCUCAAGUUAUACGCAAUUAAGCAUGGGUAACCGUUUUUGCCGUUUUUGCUCAUCUCUCUCAAGUAAAACAACUUAAUUACUUGUUAUUGAAACUACAUAUAUCUACAGUAAAACAACUUAAUUACUUGUUAUUGAAACUACAUAUAUCUACUCAGAUAUUUGUAUGUUUAA